ACACGUGGUUUCAAUAUGGCGGACCAUCUCGACCUUGAUGUCUAAGAAAUUUUGGGUCAUUUUCUGGUGCUUUUCAAAGUAAAUGAAUUAGGAUGAAAGACAAGAAGGCCAAGAAGCAGGUUAAGGUAGCAUCUGCGCUCGAUGAGCAAACCUUUGGCUACUUCAAGAGGGUGGAAGAUGUGAUAAACGAGGACGAUUUUGAGGACGAAGAAAGUCGAAAGCUCUUCGUUGAAAACGUGUUCACACAAGUGGAAAACAACGAAGUGAAGCUUUUCUGUGAUUUGAUUGUAAGCAGAACUAUGGAAAAGCUUAUUGUUUAUUUAAGUGAUGUUCAGAUCCGCAAAGUGAUGCAGAAUGUAGAAGAUCAUUUCUGCAAAAUCGCCAUGGAUAAAUUCGGUAGUCACGUGUUGCAAUCUCUGGUUUGUGUCAUUCCAAAGGCAAUAAGAUCGGAACGCAGUAAAGUCAGGGAAAUUGAUCACGACGUUGAAGACUUAAAAAGUGCAGAGGAGCUCUUUUUGAGCCUGUGCGACUGUCUUAAAGAGAACUUAUCAGAACUUGUUAACCAUAUUUAUGGGAGCCAUGUUGUAAGGGCAGCAAUCGAGGUGCUGGGAGGUGUGAAAGUUGCAGACAAUGUUGUUCGUAGUCGAGCCUCUCGGCAGAGUAGAGAAAGAAGUAAUCAGUCAGAUGAGAAAAAGCAAUUCAUCAAGCUAACUCAAGUGGGAAAUGCUUUUGGAGCAAAUGCUAUCAAACCCAUGGAGACCGUUGCAGUUCCAGAGAGUUUUCCACCAAUUCUGAAAAAACUCACCAAGGUCAUAAUGAAAAUGGAGCUGCAAAAGUUAUCUCUUCAUCCAGUCAGUAACCCCCUUCUGCAGACGCUCCUGUUGGUUUUGCACAGGAAGGAUCAGUCUUUAUGUAUGAAGUUGUGCAAGGCAGUCAUGUCACAAAUUGACAUGUUCAGUAGUAAGAGAGGAAAGAUCAAAGGUCCAAGGGAAUCGAAGGAAUUAGGUGAAGUUGAUGAAGGUGUAAAAGAACAAGAAAGCAACUACCGAGUUCCUGUUCUUCUUGCCAAUGAGAUCAGCAGUCACCUAACAGAAAAAAUUCUGCAUGUUGUUACACCAGAGCUUUGGCAGGAGAUCUACAACUCUUACUUCAGUGACCACUUGGUUCAGUUGUCUAAUCAUCCUAUUGCUAACUUUAUUGUACAGCAUCUGAUGGCAAGUACUAGAGAGAAAUCACAGGCAGAACAGAUGAUUGCUGAGUUGCUGCCAUAUUUGGAGGAUCUCCUUGCACUGGGGCAUAUGGGUGUUGUGGUCAGAAUGGCAGAAGUUGCAGUCCGGUUUGUGAUAAAGCAAAAAAAGAUGUUAAAAGCUUUGUUACGAGCAUUCCACUGUGAAGGAAAAGUUGAACGAAGCAGCGCUGUUGUACUGAUAUCCUCAUUAACAACAUAUGAAAUUUUCUAUGGAACAAAGCCAGAGCCAGAUGAAAAAGAAAAAGAUAGUGAAGAAAACAGUAACUCUGUGGAAGCAUCCCCACCCACUGCAAAACUUAAAUCCAUCAACUUCCAUGGAGCCCUCUUGCUGAAGACAUUGUUUGACUUUGAAGACCCAAGCAAGUUGGUCAAGAGCUUGCUCAGUCUGUCACUGGAAGACCUUGUGACCCUUGCUAAUGACCCAAUGGGUUCAUAUGCUAUUGAAGCUUUCUUGAAGAGCAGAUCGGUGCCAUCAGAGAAGAAACACAUGCUUAUUGAGUAUUUAAAGGGGACCUUUGCAAAACUUGCAUGCGAGAAACAAGGUAGCCAUGUUGUGGAAACGUGUUGGAGACAAGCAGAAGUCAAACACAAGGAAGACAUUACACAGGAAUUGGCUCUCAGUGAGCAACAACUAACUAGCAACUUUUAUGGCAGAAUUGUGUUGAAAAAUUGCGGUGUCGAGCAUUUUAAAAGAAAGGACAAUACAUGGCAUGAAAAGGAACAGAGAGCAGCCAGGAAAAGAAAGCUACUGGAGGAGAUUUUAGAAGAGAGAGAAGACAGUGCAAAACAGAACAAGAAAGCUAAGGUAAAGGACGACCGCAAGUUUUCAAAGCUUGCUCCUGAAAUGGCCGCUUUGGGUUUCACUGCAAGUGGAAAACAUGCUGCUGAUUCUGAAGGGGAAUCUGAUAGUGAUGGCGCUAAGGAGUCAGUUCCUGCUCUGUUUGAAAACAAAAAGAAACAGAAACAGUCUGGACACAAAAAGAGCAAAACGAAGAAAAGCGAAUACAACGAUUCAAGUGAAAAUGACAAUGUUGCUGAGUUAGAAUUCAUUACGGACGCCAUCAAAGCCACAAAGGCUGAGAAAAUGUCUAAAAAACAACAGAAAAAGAAGAAGCAAACAUAGCACAGCUGCGGUCUUGAGUAGAAACCAAAAAGAGUUUAGACAAGUUUGCGAUAAACGAUAUUUGACCACAAAUGCAAUAUAUAUAAAACCUUUGAUCCUUCCACUUUUAGGACUUGACUUUGAAUCGCGAAACCCACCCAAACUUCGUCUUAGGUCGAAACGAGAAAUCUAUCUUUCUUGUAACUGAGUGACCGAAGUUGUGAUACUCGGAAUUUUCUCUCAUUAACACUGCUCGCUCAAACAAUUUUGGAAAGUGGAAUUUUGAAGGAAAAGUCACCUACUCACUGUUGUGUGGAUUUGUUUUCAUAAUGGUGGUGUUCAUGUUGUUGCAGUUGUUGUUGUUGCUGCUGCUUUAAUUCAAGCCCUAGUAUUUUAACAACCUUAACACAACAAAGCUUUGUAAUAUUAUCGACAUAGUGGAUACAAGCAAUUUCUCCUUGGUGGAGAGUACAGAAAUUUGAGUGUGUCAAAAAGCAAAUAAUAGAAAGUCAUUAGUUUCCGAAGAAACUUUUACCCUGCACCAAUCGCCGAUUGGUGCAGUAAAGUGAU